AUCUUAACUCUCCACAUUGGUGACGAGGGGCUCUUGAGGUCGGCGAUGGCCUCGAGCUUAGCCCGCCUUUGCAAUUCGCGUUUGUCUUCGAAUUGGCGAUUUGUGCACAGGAAUUGCUUCGAUUCGAAGUCGAUUAUAGCAUCAGCGGUUUCCUAAUUCGAGUGGGUUCCUCUCACCUUUGAAGAUUGCUGUUGGUACAGGUUAGACUCGUUCACAUUGCUGCUACACCGAGGAGCUUCUGAAAACCUCCUGCAUCCUAUCUUCUCAAGCUUGAGCACCGGAAUUCGUCGAAAUUGCUGAUUAGGGCUUGAGUUCUCGUUAGUGGGAGCCGUGGGAAUUUGAGAUCGUUUGGAAGUGGAAUUGGUGGGAGUUGAGUUUUGGGGAGGAGACGGGGAAGAUGAGGAGGGUUAUGGUGACAGGGGCCACUGGGUACUUAGGAGGGAGACUAUGCGGGAUGUUAGUUCAUGCUGGACUUACCGUGGUGGCGCUCGUGAGGAAGACGAGUCAGGUGCAGGAGCUGCCGCCUGAGGUGGAGCUCGUCGAGGGCGACAUUCGCGAUGGGGAGUCUGUGAGAAGGGCAAUAGAGGGGUGCGACUAUGUUGUGCACACUGCUGCGUUGGUGGGAUCGUGGUUGCCGGACUCCUCCCAGUUCUUCAAAGUGAACGUGGAGGGGUUUAAGAAUGUAAUAGAAGCUGUGAAGGCCACUCCUAGUGUGAAGAAACUUAUCUAUACUUCUUCCUUUUUCGCCGUGGGUCCAACUGACGGCUACAUUGGAGAUGAAACCCAGUUUCACUCGAUGAAGGCGUUCUACUCGCCGUACGAGGAAUCAAAAGCAUUUGCGGAUAAGCUUGCUUGUGAAGCUGCUAUGGAGGGUGUGCCAAUUGUUUCUUUGUAUCCAGGAAUAAUAUACGGCCCCGGGUCAAUGACUAAAGGCAACUCUCUAGCUGAGAUGAUGAUUGAACGAUUUAACGGCCGAAUGCCUGGGUAUGUUGGCUAUAAAGUUAAGAAGUUUUCCUUCUGCCACAUCGAUGAUGUCGUAGUUGCUUAUCUUGCUGCAAUUGAAAUAGGAAGGGUAGGUGAGCGGUAUAUGUUGUGUGGAGACAACAUGUCCUUUCACGAAGUCUUUGACCUGGCUGCUGGGCUAACGAAGACAAAUCCUGCAAAAGUCACUAUCCCAAUGUGGGUCUUGGAUGUGGCUGGCUUUCUUUGUGUCCAGUGGGCGCGUUUUGGCGCAUGGACUGGCAUAUCCCACCAAAUACCUUUCAUUACCACUCAUUCUGUAAAUAUUUUAAAGCACCAGUGGGCGUACUCGAGUGAGAAGGCAGAAAGGGAGCUAGGUUACAAGUCGCGACCACUAGAAGAAGGAUUGCUUCAGCUUCUUACCUGGCUUAAAGCCACUGGUCGCAUCAAGUACUAGUGUGUUGGACGAUGUCAACUAGAAGAUACUUCAGGAAACAAACGCCUGUACAGGUUCUUCUUAGUAACCUUUUAUUAAUUUAACCUAUGCUUUUUAAAUUUUAGUCGUGUAGUGCGGCGCUAUGAAGAAAUUUACUAACAUGUCUACCUCAUUUUUAGGCCAGGAUACUAAAAUUUUUCAUGAAUGAUAUCCCCAAUUGCUCCUUUUCUGAAAAUUCACGUAAUUGUGUAAUUCUGGAGAUACUUGCUUGUACUUCUCCAUCAGCAUACAACAUUGUGAAAAGGUGACCUCAACGUAUGUCUGUGGAGGAUUUAAAGUAUGUCCUACUUUUCAAGGGUCGUUUCAUGUUGAACGUACAUUUUAUUGAUUACCUUAUCUUAUUUAUUUCUAUAUGCUAAUGCUUUGUCUAGCGAGACCCCUUCAGCUUUCCUUUGGAGACUUUCUUGGAACCAACAUGACGAGUAUCGCAAUAGCAAGUAACGUGUACAUUCCUUGGAUUUUCGUUUUCGAAAUUUUGUUGCUUCUUGUUCCUUCUUGAAGUAUUCUGCAUGUCCUUGAUAAAAUUGCAAAUGCUUAAUCGUUUGAUGCAGUUAGUUUCACGCACCUCUGGUUGGACGGGUUUUAAUAUUAAGAUCUGUUCCACAGCUGAAGAGGUUGCUGCGUUCUGAGAGAUAAUGAAUUACAUGUUUGCAUUUUUGUUUAUGAUCUGCGUGAAGAUUGUCAGAAUACUUCAGGCAAGUGAAAGUUCUAGUGUCAAUCAUAUAGAUUUGCAUCUGUAUGGGAGCAGACCUCCAGACUUCAUAAAUAGGAGAUUCCUUCUAUGA